AAGGCCCUCGAUAUCAAGAUGCUAGAACAGAAGUUAAAAAUACUAUCACCAUUUGGUGUUCUGAGGUUAUUGAAGUCAAUACAUGUAAUGAAGAGGUCUUUGAAACUAGUAUAUGUAAUAAAAAUAAUAUUCAAACAACAACACAUGACAAAGAGGUCUCUAAGACUAGUACAAGUAACAAAAACAACAUGGAAACAACAACUCAAAAUGAACCAAGGAAUAAACAAGAGAACUCCACUUUGGAAAGAAAUACAACUUUUAGCUCCAAAAAAUCAGCUAAUAUUAGGCUAGAACAAGAACCCCAUGCAGGUAGUUCUGCUAAUAAAAAAGAAAACCCAUACUUGCAAGACGAUGCAUCUAUCACAGAUGAUAAAGAUCUCUCACCUGACUCAAUAUCAACACCAUGUGAUGAACUGGCUGCACUGUAUCUUAAUGCAGAACCACAGGCAGAAAACAAAAACACAGAAGAAACAUUACCAAUAAUAGAA